CAAAAGCUCAGACCCUCAACUCUGUGGACUCUCUGUGCGGCAUCCUGCGUGAGGUGGAAAACGCUUCGAUCCCGUCUGCAUCGAUCGCCUGUGAUCGAGAGACUCGCCUUGCGCUACCUUCCUCGAUUUAUCCUUGAAGCUACUGGCCCAAGAGGAAAUAUAAAGAUUUACCGUGCACAUUCUUCUCUAAUUCCAGCGGUUUACAAUCGGAAGAAUCCAGUGUUACCUUCUCCCCUAUCACUCGUCCAGCACUCUCACCUACCAUGGCUCACAUUAUAGCAUGUCCUCGCGGUAUCACACUCCCUUACUCAUCGUUAUUCAACGUUGGUUUGCGUGACACGUCAUCGCGCAAGGCAAAAUCACGGCCGUCUGAAUACUUUUGGAAGAAAGCGAUUAGUGAUUCACCUUCGGAGGCGGUACCACAAGACGACCAAGCCGAAGAAUCCAAUGACGUCUGGCUUGAUUCUCAUGCGCCUGCUCUGAGUGACAGUGAAAAUGAAUCCACCCCAAAAGCCAACAAAUCAGCAGCCGCCAAGCCGAAGAAAAAACGAUUUACGAAGAUCAGAAGAAUUGCUUUCAAGGCGUUUAUCCCCAAAUCAGAUGGCACGAGCCAUCAAAACAACAUUGUGACGAGCACAGAGAUCAUUUGUCGCCAAGAAAAACUUGACGAUUUAGACGAAUAUGGUACUACUACUUCGAAGGCUAGCAAACGGAUGUCGAUUUUCAACUCGUGGAAGUUCAAGUCAAACGGCACCAAGACGCAAGUUCAGAAGAUGGUUGCCAUUCUGAAAACUCGGAUCAGCGCUUCUAGUCCCGCCAAUCAACAACCCAAAACAUGGGAUGAGUAUCACCGUUUCUAUGCCAAUGAACAAAUUGAUGUUCUCAAUCCCCCAUUACCACCAAUGGAGCCAGACGCCGAGGGAGACGUGCCCUCGGCGUUCCAAUCCAGAUUCUACAUGGCUCCUAGACCUGCGAAUGAGCCCGCGCGACAAUUGGUCCUCAACCGGCUUGCGAUCUUGGGACAUAAGGGUUACGACGAGACAGAGGAGGGGAUCGCCAAAUCCAAGAACCGGACCGAGCUGGGCGACAAAUUGAUGGAAGAGGGAAAGAUUCCCAAAAGCCUCGACGAGCCUUGGGAGCGUCGUGAUUCCCUUGUCAGUGAGGCAUCUAGCAUGGGUGUUGACGAGGCCCGAGCCAUGAUCGAUGGUGUAAGAAGCGGGCAUUUGCCCCCCGAGACUCUGGAGCAACAUCCUGUUUUCAGAAAGAUUGUUAAACAGUGUCGGGAACUGUUUGGAACCGCACUUAGCAUGCUAUCCAUUCUUGAUGAUGACCGUCAAAUUUUUUUGGCGGAGUCUGGUUUAGGAGGAAAACGAGACAUUAGUCGUGAUAUUGGUUUUUGUGCACAUACUAUCCUUAGUGGUCGUAAGGGUUUCACGGUCCUCGACACUCACAAAGAUUGGAGAUUUGAGAAUGGCCCGUUGACCCAGAAUUUCGGGUCGAGAUUUUAUGCCGGUGUACCUCUGAUGGCGCCUAACCUGGAUGGAAGCCAAGAAUCUGAGGAGAACGCAUGUCCGAUAGGCACGCUGUGCAUUGUGGAUACUGCUCCUCGAGAGUCGUUCAGUGUGGAGGACCGCAAGAAGCUUGUCUACAUGUCUGAAUACGCACGACGAGAAAUCGAAGCAUGGUUCGCUAAGAAGAUGGAGCAAAAGAUGAAAAAUCUGACAGCUAGUCAAGAUAAUUGGAAUAACGAACUGAAAAGGGUUAUCAGCUCUACAAGUGACGGAGACGAAGUGCUCGAAACCGAGGUCUUGUCCGAUCCUCCAACUUCUCCAGAGCGAACCGCCACCACCUCCAAGCGAGCCAGUUUCAGAAGAUUGGCCAGUAUUAGCUCCAUUUCCACUGCACCCACUUCCCCAUCGUCUCACACAAAUAUGGCUUUGAAGUCUCCGACCAAAACUGGCCCGAGCAUAUUUGAAGACGUUAACGCGGUCGUCAAACCCAAGAUGCGAAAGGUUUUCGAUUUAGCCACGAAGCUGAUCGGCGAAACCUUGGACCUUUCAUUGGUCUAUCUGACUGCUGUUGUUCCUCAUGGCGAAUCAAGCGAAUUGGGCCGCACGUUAAUCAUUUCAGGCCACAACAUUCCUAUCCCGGUUCCAAUCUUCGAUGCCGGACUACACUUACGCGCACUCAGAGCACCUGAGGGUGGUUUCCUCUACCAAAACCCAAGUGUGGAAGAAUCCGAAGAGGCUUCCUUACAACCUAGAGGCUCUGGCACCAAGCCAUAUGCUUCUGCAAUGCUUUUGGCCGUCGGUACCGAAACUCAACCCAAUUCUGGUGGCUUCGUUCUGGCUGGAUAUACUGAUGAUCCCAAAAGGGUUUUUGGCGCCGAGGAUGUGACCUUCAUGAAACAAUUUUCCCAGCAAUUGUCUAGAUAUACCUCACGGUUGCAGCUUUAAGCGCUAGAAACAUCUGUAUCUUGAUCGUAAUGAGGACUCUUUGAUUGUUCAUCCCCCCAAUGAUUCUUAUGUAACCAAUUUACUUUCUUACAUCUAGCGCAAUUCGUCUCAUAAAUUAUUACCGCUCGAGCAUUUUGUUUAGUAAAAAUUGCGUUUCUUCGGCCCAUCUUGUCCCCACAUUUUUUGUUGUUGUUGCUGUUUUUCAUUGUCUCUGUAAUAACAAUUCCGCUUACUCAUUC